AUGUCCUCAUUCUUUAAAAGAACCAUGGAAAGCAGUUUGACAAGAAGAGAGGCUGCAUUCAUGAUUGCCAACAUUCAUCUAGAGAAAAUUGAUAACCCUAAAUUACGGGACUGCUUGAACAAACACGUGCCAAAUACUGAUGGUUUCCCAUGUGUGAACAAUAUUCACCAAGAUUAUCUACCAGGAGUAAUUGCUUCACAUGUUCAGUCUAUGAAAUCUGCAUUAGCAGAAUAUGAAUCAGAUUUGAAUUGUAGUAGACCAGGGCCCUGCGCUGCCGCCCGCCCGGCCGCGCUGCCGCCCGCGCCGCAGAGCCGGGCCGAGGAGCUGCUCAGCGAGGCCAUGCAGCGCCUGCAGCAGGUCUUUGACAUCCAGGAGCUGCCCCGCGACGUCCUGCCCCGCAGGAAGCCGCCCCAGUUCAUGGUGGACCUCUUCAACAAGGUGGCGGACUCCGACGGCAUCACCAAGGCCCCCGAGGUGCUGGAGGGCAACGUGGUGCGGAGCUUUGAAGAUCGAGUUUAUUUUGAUGAGUCUUAUUUCUAUUUCAACAUCUCAUCCGUUGGGAAGAAUGAGCAAAUGCUAAAAGCUGAGCUCAGAGUUUUCAAGCUGAAGAAAACGCACAUGGCUGGAAAAUCUCUGUUUCAACAUUUUUGCAAAGUGGAAGUAUAUGAGAUCUUGGAGAGUGGAAGUAAGCCCCAGAGAAGAAAUCUCAUUUCAUCAAGAUUAUUGUCUUUGUACACAGAAGGCUGGGAGGUGUUCAAUGUGACAGAGACAGUUUCCAAAUGGGUUAGGAACAGCCACUCCAACCAUGGCUUUUUGAUCACUGCAACUCACCUAUCUGAAAAGAAAAUGGAAUACAACUUCGUGAAGUUUGCCAAAAGCCAGCACAAUGUGCAGGACAGCAGGAAUGGUCUUCUAGUCCUCUUCACUAAUAAUGAUGGACCAAGGUCUUCCAGCUUUUCACCCUCUUCCUCAGAACUGCAGCCAUCCUCGCCUGUAGGUGGUUCUCCUACCCAGACACCUCUCCGAAGUGAGAUCUUGGAAAAUCUCAGAACAAGUAGGAGCAGAAAGACACGGGAUACAUCAUCCCUCUCCUCCAAAGGUCAAGUUCUGUCAUGCCGUCGAAGAGAACUCUAUGUUGACUUCCAGGCAAUUGGCUGGUCAGGAUGGAUCAUUUACCCAAGUGGAUACAAUGCUUUUUAUUGCACAGGUACCUGCCUAUUCCCCUUAGGGGAGAGUCUAAAUGCUACCAAUCAUGCUACUGUCCAGUCCAUUGUGCAUACACUUAAAUUGUCCCAAGAUGUCAGCAUGCCAUGCUGUGUCCCAACUGAACUGAAGUCUAUCAAUCUCCUGUACUUUGAUGACAAGGAGAAUGUUGUCCUGAAACGUUAUAAAGAUAUGGUGGCUGCAAGCUGUGGUUGUCACUAA